AUGGUAUCAACUCCAAUUAAAAUUUCAGAUCGAAAAUUUGUGUCUACUAGUAACCAGUUGACUAAGAAAAGUGAUAUUGAGUUUUCGCAUAAACCAGACCCUCCAAAUCAUCAGAUCAUGCCUUUAGAGGUAUUCAUUUCCAAAUACAAUGAGUUAAAAAUUGACGAUAUACUGGAAAUUCAGUAUAAAAACUACUUAAACCAAUGGAACUUCUUGAUAACAAGCAGCAGAAAGAAAUAUAGAUGCACUUUAUGUAGUGUUUAUGUUGGAAGUGGUUCCAAUGUUUUAACACACGUAAAAGGAUUUUUACACAAUCAAAACAUGAAGUACAUUCUGGAUUUGCAUCAUCCCUUAUACCGGGCUGUAGCGGGAAAAUCUCAAAGUGAAAAUAAUCAAACCCCACCAAGUAACGAAGGUAUACCAGUGGAACCGGUCACAGUUUGUAAAAAAGUGACUUUACAAGAAUUUAAGUUAGAAUACACCCGGUUGAACAAUGGCGAUUUGCUCCUAGUUCAGUAUCGACUAGACGUAGAUUGGCACCAUAUGAUAGUCACAGAAAAUGCACAGUAUUGGUGCCAUCUUUGUGAUAAGUUACAUCUGGGGAAAGCUUCCUAUAUUAAAACGCAUAUUAAAGGAUCUCGCCACUUGAAAAAUUUGGACAGAGUAAUAGAGAUGAGCCAACCCCUUUACUCUAUAUCAUCUAAAAAGCCAUCUCAAAAAAGAGAAUUUGAACUAAGUGACAAUCAUAAGAAAUGUACUUUAAAACAAUUCAAGCAACUAUAUCUUGAAUUUGACGUGAUGGAGCUGAUGAAAAUUCAGUAUCGGUUUCAGUCGAAGGAUUGGUAUGACCUCAUAGUGACAGAUGGAGUACGAUAUAUUUGCAACCUUUGCGGACAUGUGCCGUUGGGUGGUGCUGCCAGUAUAAAGUUACAUAUAAGCGGUGUGCGGCACUCAACUCAAAUGGACAACAUUACAGAAAUACAUCAUCCUCUCUAUUCCAUCCGCGCAGAUUGCUCUUCUGACAAUGAAAAUAAGACAAUAGGCAAUAGUCUCGGCUUGUUUGGACAUAGACCAGUCGUUACUUUAGAGCAAUUCAAAUACGAAUACCUUAAAUUGAAUGCUGCUGAUAUAGUGCAUAUUCAAUAUCGGGUAAAUCAAGAUGACUGGAGUUACAUGAUAUCGACACGUGUAAAUGAAGUCAGGUGCAAUCUUUGCGGGAAUGUUUCGCUAGGCAAUAUUGAAAAUAUUAUUCCGCAUAUUCGAAGCAAACGACAUAUGGAGAAUAUGAAUCGCGUCAUCCAAAUGUUCCAUCCAUCGUUUACCAUUCUGGAUGAUGAACCGAAUUUAAAUUAUGAUUCCCAAAGUCGAUUAGAAUUUACUUUAGAAGAAUUUAAAGAGGAAUGUAAGAACCUCAACAUUGAAGAUUUACUAGAAGUUCAGUACCGUCUGAAUGAUGGAAGCUGGGACUAUAUGAUAGUAGUGAAGAAAACACGAUACUUUUGUAAUCUUUGUGGAAAUCUAUAUAUAGGAGAUGCCAACAGUGUAAUACCGCACAUUGCAAGCUAUCGCCACCAUUGCAGCGCUAGAGAUAUUGUAGAAAUGUUUCAUCCUUUCUAUUCCAUUCGAGGAGCGCAAGAUAUUCCAACACCAGAAUACAAUUUACGACGUCAAGGGUCAAGGUUGUGGGACCGCGAGUGGACUCCAGAAGAAUUUUUAUUGGAACAUAUGUAUUUGGAUAUCGAGGACCUACUGGAGGUUCAAUACAGACCUGUCGAUUCCUAUGAAUCAUAUUUCAUGAUAACAGAAAUAGCAGGCCAAUUUAAUUGCAAUUUAUGCGGCAUUGGCGGCUUCAAUACUCGCGAGGAGAUUACUGCCCAUGUACGAAGCGGUUGCCAUUUCGAGAAUACAAAAUAUGUUUUGGCUAUUCAUCAUCCUACGUUCUGGUCCGCAGAGGAAAAUGGCGAUUUUCUGAAUGUUGGCAGUGAUGUUAGGUACACAAGGGCUGAGAAUAUACUUGGCCCGAAGGAGUUUAUAAAAAAGUGGACAAUAGAAAUAUUUCAAUCUCAAUAUAUCAGCUGGGACCAUGAGCAUAUACUCAAGAUUCAAUAUCAAGCCACGGAUACAGGAAAAUGGUACUAUAUGAUAGUGCAUGAAUCAGGUCAAUAUAUUUGUAACCUUUGCGGACGUAUGAACUUGAUGGGCAGAAGUAGAAUUCACCCACAUGUUCGUAGUAAGAUACAUACUGACAACGUAAAUAGCAUCGACAUAAUGUAUCACCCCGUAUACGGCACUGUAAGAAAAGUUACAGAAACAAAUGCAGCUGCGUCUAUCUCACCAUCACAAUAUACGUCUGAAGAUGACCUGAGUGAGGUCAAUCAAAUAUGGACGACGACUGAAUUUAAACGAAUGUAUGUUGAGUUAGAUAUUAAGCAGUUACUUGAAGUUCAGUAUCAAGAAGUUGAUAGCGAGACUUGGACUUACAUGGUAACUCAACACUCAGCUGGAUUUACCUGCAACCUAUGCGGCAUUACUAAAUUUCGGAAUGUCAGAAGUCUCUAUAUCCACUUCGGUCGUGGCUAUCAUAUAAACAAAUUAAGAUGUGUGUCUGCAAUGCAUCAUCCAUUCUACUGUUCCGCAAUGAAGCAGGACAUUUUACUAUUGAAUCGUAGUAAUCGUUCCAAUAGUGUCGAAUCACUCACCAGUUCUGUAAGAUCGUAUGAAGAAUCAAGGCUAGAAGAAUUUAAAAUUCAACAUAUUCAGCUGGAAGUUGGCGACUUACUCGAAAUUCAAUAUCAAACUUAUGAUUCGUGUGAGUGGCGCUCUAUGAUAGAGCAAAUGAAUGGUCGAUAUAUGUGCAGUCUUUGCUAUAAUAUCAGCUUACGGGAUGAGGAGGGCGUUUUAACACACAUUCGCAGCAACUUCCAUUCAGUCAAUUUAGACAGGAUUUCUGCGAUGCACCAUCCUUCACAUUAUCCUCGGAAGAUACUUCCACCAAUUUCAACCCAUAAUUCUGACAAUAUGGCUGAAUAUUUAUGCUUAUAUUUCAAUGCCGCCACGACUCCAGAUGAAAUAUCCCGCAUACUUGGUCAAAAAACAAUGGAGGAAUCAAGUGAAAAGUCAGUAGUUGUAGAAUAUACAAAAAGAGAAUUAAAAGAAAUAGAGAGAAACACACAACGAGCCAUUGAAAACAGACAAUUCAGAGAUGAAUUUCUUCACCGCAAUGGUCAACUUCGAACGGAUUGCAAUAUAAAGGAUGGCAUUUCAAACGCACUUUAUUACAAGCUAGUUUCCAAAAAUCUUUAUAGAUCUCCUAGCAACUUGUCCAAAAAGAAAAGAUUCGAUGCCUACUUGAGUGAAUUGAAAGAGAGUGAAAAUAUUUAUAAAGAUUUGACGAAUAUAUUGAGGCCCCUAUCAGCAUUAGAAAAUAUAUUAGGUACCCUCGGGGUAGCGGCUACUCAAUUGAUAAGUUAUGUUAUUAAAACACGGGAUAUAAACAUGAAUUUCGCCAAAAAUGCUAUACUGAACGAAGAGAUUUUGUUUUACCUUAAUAGAGUACAUGACGAAUUACCACUUGUGAUAGAUGUUGGAAUUUUUAAUUCGAAAGAAUUAUUAACUCUUAGAAAAGUGAUACAUGACAUUAAAGUAUUCUUUGAGAAAUAUAAAAGAUGAACGAUAACAAUUGGUCCAAUCUAAUCAAAUGUUGACUACUUUUCCCGAAAUAAUUGAAGGAAAAAUUAGCAGAGCAACAAGUCAAUACUGUGAAGGCGGAAUGCAUAAUCAUUAGAUGUAUCCUAAUAUGUAUUUUAAAAUGUAAACUAUAUUAAUUGUUCGAAUAUUUUUUAAAUAUAUAUUUUCCAAUGCGAAA